AUGUUUCACAUUCAAUAUACAGUUGGAGGUGCUCCAAUAUAUGAUUUUUCUUGUGGUAAAUCCCUUCCAGAAUAUCUUGAAGAAGCUAGAAAACAGAAGAGAUCAUUGAGAUAUGAUAAAGAAUAUAGAAAUCGUAUUGAAAUAUUACAAAAUUUUGAUUUUACAGUAGCAUCAUCAAAAAUAAGAGUUAGUCCUGAUGGUCAAUAUAUAGCUGGCAUUGGAACUUAUCCACCAGAAUUACGAUUGUUUGAUAUAUAUGAAUUAUCAAUGAAAUUUUUAAGACGUUUUGAUUUUGAAGUUCAUGAUUUUUUAUUUUUAUCUGAAGAUUAUAAAAAACUUGCAUUUUUAAUGACAGAUCGUGUUAUUGAAUUUCAUGCUCAAGGGGGACACCAUUGUCGCAUAAGAGUUCCAAAACAAGGUCGUGGAAUAGAAUAUAUGAGUACAAAUGCAGAAAUGUUAAUAUUUGGUUCUACAUCAGAGGUUUUUAGAUUAGAUUUAGAAGCAGGAAUAUUUUUAAAACCUAUAAAUACAAAAUUUGAGUUUAUAAAUACAGGUAAAGUAAAUCCUACACUACCAAUAAUAUUAUUAGGAGGGAAUAAUGGUAGUGUAGAAUUAUGGGAUACAAGAAAUAAGAAAGUAGCAGCAUCAUUAAAAGUAAGUUCAUCAGAUAAUUUAUAUAUUAAUAAAUCAAAAAAUAAUAUAGAUUUUAGUGAAUUUGAUUAUAAUACAUUAGAUAAAGGAUCUAGAUUUGAUUGGUAUUCAAUGUCUAAUCAAGAACAAGUUACAACUUCUACAUUUUCAAAAGAUGGUCUUCGUUUUGUAUUAGGUCUAUCAAGUGGAAAUGUUUUAAUAUAUGAUAUAAGGUCAAGUCAUCCAUUAGAAGAGAAAUCUCAUAAAAAUGAUUUACCAAUUAUGGAUCUCCAUUUUACAAAUAAUUUAAAUUCAGAUAGUGAAAUAUUAAUUACAGCAGAUAGACAAACAAUCAAAAUGUGGAAUGAAAAUAGAUCAUCAAAUAGAAAAGAUGGAUUAAUAGGUACAAUAUCUACUGAAUACCCUAUUUCCUCUAUUUGUACAUAUCCAAAUUCUGGUUUAAUUAUGGUUACAGGGGAUCAAACUAGGGUUGGUAUGUACUAUGUUCCAACUUUAGGUGUAGCUCCAAGAUGGUGUUCAUUUUUAGAUUCAAUAACAGAGGAACUUGAAGAAGAACAUCUUAAGAAUAAUUCAAGAGUUAAUAAUUCCCAAUUAUAUGAUGAAUAUCAAUUUAUUACAAAUAAUCAACUUCGUGAAUGGGGAAUAGAACAUCUUAUUGGUACUCCUUUACUUAAAGCAUACCUUCAUGGUUAUUUAAUAAGUUCAAAAUUAUAUAAGGAUCUUCAUAAUAUUAUAAAUCCUAUAGAUUAUGAACAAUACCGGAAAGAUAUAUUAAAGAAAAAGUUAGAAGAGAGAGCUCCAAUGAGAAUUCCUAUAAGAAAAGGUAAAAAUCUUAUAUCUAAUACAAAAAUCAAUAAAAGGUUUAUUGAAAAACUUAAUAAGAAGGCUAGAGGUGAAGAAGGUAAUGAGUCUGAAACAGGACUAGAACAUAUUAAAUAUAGAAAAUUAAAGAAAAAUCUUAAGAAAGGGCAACAACAAUGUGCUCAGGCCUUAUUAUCUGAUAGCCGUUUCUCAAAACUAUUCAAUGAUACUGAUUACAUUAUAGAUGAAGAAGAAGGUUUAUAG